GACCCGAAUGGUUUUAAAAUUCUACUCCAGCUAACCAUGUAGUGAGGAAGUGCCAAAGGUUCUUACCCCCCUCCCCCCUUGGUACAUUUUUCGCAGGCUACGGGGUCAAGCGGGAAACUGCGAACCUGUGCAGGCCAAAGUAACAUUUUGAGAAUGUACCCAAAUUGGGGUCCCGCACACGCAUGAGGGGUCAGUUCCUAGUAGAGCUCACCUGAGCGGCGUUCCUUCAUAAAGCAGAAGAAUUCGCCUUCCCACGUGAUUACAUUACCACGCGGUCGCUUUUCCCUGGAAGACAUAGGCGAACUCGUCUUGCUUAUCGGGGACUUCCACUCCCCCAUGAGGAACUUAGGACUCCCCGACUGCUUCAAGGAUCUCCUCAAAACGGACAAAAUAAAGCACGUAUUAUGUACAGGCAAUGUGGGCUGCCGCGAAAAUCUCGAGCUCCUAAAAAAUAUUGCUGACUCUGUUCAUAUAACCAAAGGAGACAUGGACGAUGAAUACGAUUUCCCUGAAGAUAUCUCUCUCACCAUUGGGGAUUUUAAAAUGUCGCUAAUCCAUGGCCACCAAAUUAUUCCUUGGGGGGAUACGAAUGCACUUUUACAGUGGCAAAAGAAACACGACAGCGACAUUGUCAUUUCAGGGCACACACAUAAAAAUUCGAUUGUGCGGUAUGAAGGGAAAUAUUUUAUUAACCCCGGGUCAGCAACUGGAGCUUUUCAGCCAUGGCUUUCUCAACCCACGCCAAGCUUCAUAUUAAUGGCCGUGGCGAAAAGCUCCAUCGUUGUUUAUGUGUAUGAGGAGAAGAAUGGAAAAACGAAUGUCGAGAUGAGUGAGCUGCAGAAGUGAGCAGUCACGAGGAUCGAAGUGGGAAGGAGUGCUUCCC